AUGGCAACCCUGCUGUUACCAACGGGUCCUGAUGGCUUGCGGCGGUUCACUCGCGAAUCCUUGGCUGCCCUGGAGCGGCGGAUUGCGGAGGACCAUGCCAAGAACGCCAAAGGUUGCGAGGAGGCUCACAGGAACGCAGAGCCGCCCAGACCCAGGCCCGACCUGGAGGCUGGCAAGCAGCUGCCACGCAUCUUCGGUGACAUCCCUCCAGAGCUUAUUGGGGUGCCACUGGAAGAUAUCGAUCCAUUUUACUUCAAGAACAGGAGGACUUUUAUAGUACUAAACAAAGGGAAGGCCAUCUUCAGAUUCAGUGCCACAUCUGCACUUUACAUAUUGAGUCCAUUUCAAUUAAUCAGAUCAAUUGCCAUAAAAAUUUUAGUCCACUCAUUGUUCAGCCUGUUCAUCAUGUUCACUAUACUCACCAACUGUUUCUUCAUGGCCAUGUCUGAUCCGGCACUAUGGACCAAGUACCUGGAGUAUACUUUCACUGCCAUUUACACUUUUGAGUCAGCGAUAAAGAUAUUUGCGCGAGGAUUCUGUAUAGUGCCGUUCACCUUCUUGAGAGAUCCGUGGAACUGGCUGGACUUCAGCGUCAUUCUUAUGGCAUAUGUAACAGAGUUUGUAGACCUUGGAAACGUCUCUGCACUAAGAACCUUCAGAGUGCUACGGGCCCUGAAAACCAUCUCAGUUAUCCCAGGUCUGAAGACCAUCGUCGGCGCUCUGAUCCAGUCUGUAAAGAAGUUGGCAGACGUGAUGAUCCUGACUGUCUUCUGUCUCAGUGUGUUCGCCCUCAUCGGCCUGCAGCUCUUCAUGGGGCUUCUGAGACAAAAGUGUGUCCGCAGCCUCGCGCACUGCGUGAACUCCUCUUACAGCCCCAACGCAUCUUUCAUCUGCAACAACAGAACCUGGAGCUCCAGGGCAGACUUUCUCAGCAGCGAAGAUAAUUUUUACAAGGUUGAAGGUGAUAAGGAUGCCUUAAUAUGUGGAUAUGGAAAUGAUGCAGGGAAGUGUCCAGAUGGAUUUGACUGCCUGAAAGUAGGAAGAAAUCCAAACUAUGGCUACACCAGUUUCGAUACCUUCGGCUGGGCUUUUCUGGCCCUUUUCCGUCUCAUGACACAAGACUACUGGGAGAAACUGUUCCACCAGACUCUACGCUCAGCAGGGAAAGCCUACAUGGUUUUCUUUGUGCUGGUCAUCUUCCUGGGCUCCUUCUACCUGGUCAACCUGAUCCUUGCUGUGGUGGCCAUGGCCUAUGAGGAGCAGAAUCAGGCAACCAUUGCUGAGGCCUGGCAGAAAGAGAGGGAGUUUCAGCUGGCUAUGGAGCACCUCCGCAGAGAGCAAAGAUUGGCAGCGAGAAGUAAAGCACAGGAGACAGACUCUGUGUUGUCCCCAGAGUUGUCUCCAUUUUGUCUGAAGACGGGCAGCAUACGGCGAAACAGCAGCAGAAGGAGGAGAUCUCACAGGACUUUAUCAGAAGAAACAGAGGAAGCUGCUGAAGAGAAGUUUGACCCACUGGAUGAGCCCAUGCCUCCUGUGUCUCCAAUGCCGGUCCAUCCUCUGCUGGCCACGCUCUCCUCUCACCCCCUCAGUACCAGGAGAGGAAGCCAGAACAGCAUCUUUAGCUCGUUCCGGGUGCGCAACAACUCUGAGGCUGACUUUGGGGACGACGAGUAUAGCGUUCAUGGGGACGUCUUCAGGAGUCGCGCCAGCUCAAUGGCAACACCCUGGAAAAGGAGGACAGGCAGUGUGAGGAGCCACUGCUCCCAAGUCUUCACCCCCAGCCUCAAUGUCAACGGCAGACUCAACAUUUCCCUUGACCAGAAUGGAGUUACGACAAUGGGCCUGCACACCCCUACCUCCAUGCCUGCUUACAGCAUGGAGAGGAUCAAGGAAGACACUAUGCCCACCAAUGCAGAAGAUACAGCUCCCAGAUCUCUUCUUCAGCCUUCCCCAACAAUGACUGACCCUCCAACUGUGCACAGGAAAAGAGGGCUGAGCUCUGUCAGCUUUCUGAGUGAUGCCAUGGAGGAGCUGGAGGAGUCAAGGCAAAAGUGCCAUCCCUGCUGGUACACAUUCGCCAAGAAGUACCUAAUAUGGGACUGCUGCCCCUGGUGGCUGAAGUUGAAGGACUGGGUGAAGUGUAUGGUGAUGGAUCCUUUCCUGGAUCUGGGUAUCACUAUAUGUAUUGUGCUGAACACCCUCUUCAUGGCCCUGGAGCACUAUCCCAUGACUGAUGAGUUCAACACGAUGCUCUCAGUGGGCAAUCUGGUGUUCACAGGGAUCUUCACAGCUGAGAUGGUGUUCAAACUGAUUGCCAUGGACCCUUACUACUACUUCCAACAGGGCUGGAACAUCUUUGACGGGGUCAUUGUUUGCCUCAGUCUGAUGGAGUUGGGUCUCUCCAAUGUAGAGGGGCUGUCUGUCCUACGCUCCUUCAGACUGUUACGAGUAUUCAAACUGGCCAAGUCGUGGCCCACUCUCAACACUCUAAUCAAGAUCAUUGGCAACUCGGUGGGCGCCCUGGGGAACCUGACACUGGUGUUGGCCAUUAUUGUCUUCAUCUUCGCUGUAGUGGGCAUGCAGCUAUUUGGAAAGAACUACCAGGACUGUGUGUGUAAGAUCGCCAAUGACUGUCAGCUGCCUCGCUGGCACAUGAAGGACUUCUUUCACUCCUUCCUGAUCGUGUUCAGGGUGCUGUGUGGCGAAUGGAUCGAGACCAUGUGGGAUUGUAUGGAAGUAGCGGGUCAGCCCCUCUGCAUCCUGGUGUUCAUGUUGGUCAUGGUCAUAGGGAACUUAGUGGUGCUGAAUCUCUUCCUGGCCCUGCUGCUCAGCUCCUUCAGCUCAGACAACCUCUCUGCUCCAGAUGAAGACGGCGAUUUGAAUAACAUCCAGAUCGCCAUUGCCCGCAUCCACAGUGGCAUGUCCUGGUUCAGCACGAACAUUAACGACCUGUUCAAUCGCAAUGUGAAACGCCCGCAGGAGAAGGCCAAGGAUGUCAGUCAGUCCCCCAUCAAGCUGGUUGGCAACCACGUGGAAAGCAAUGGAGGAAUUUUUGGAAGCUAUGUAGAAAAAAACAUCAUACAAGAGGAGGACAGCUACAUGACCAACCCAAACCUGACAGUUAUUGUUCCCAUCGCGCCCGGAGAGUCAGAUGUGGAGUUUCCGGAGGAGGAGGAGAUUUCUGAGUCAUCAGAUGAUGAAGAAAAAUGCGACUUUUUCACUUCUCAGGAGAAUAUCAGCCUGUCAGAGGGCAGCACAGUGGAUUUAAGGAAGCCUGGAGAGGACAUGGACUUUUUAACUGAGCUGAUUGAAGAGAGUAUGGAGCCAGAGGAAUGCUUCCCAGAAUUCUGCAUGAGGCACUGUCAGUGCUGCCACGUGGACACCAGUCGCGGACUGGGACAGGCCUGGUGGAGACUGAGGAAGACCUGCUACCAGAUUGUGGAGCACAGCUGGUUUGAGACCUUCAUAAUUUUCAUGAUCCUGCUCAGCAGUGGGGCUCUGGCCUUUGAAGACAUCUACAUUGAGAAGAGAAAAGUCGUAAAAGUGGUGUUGGAAUAUGCCGACAAGGUCUUCUCCUACAUCUUUGUGUUGGAGAUGUUCCUCAAGUGGAUCGCAUACGGCUUCAAGAAGUACUUCACCAACUACUGGUGCUGGCUCGACUUUCUCAUCGUAGACGUCUCCUUGAUAAGCCUGGUAGCAAACUCACUGGGAUAUUCAGACUUUGCUGCUAUCAAGUCUCUGAGGACCCUCCGGGCUUUGAGACCUCUCAGAGCUCUGUCCAGAUUCGAGGGCAUGCGGGUGGUUGUGAACGCUCUCAUAGGAGCCAUCCCCUCCAUUAUGAACGUGCUGCUAGUGUGUCUCAUCUUCUGGCUCAUCUUCAGCAUCAUGGGAGUCAACUUGUUCGCUGGCAAGUUUGGGAAGUGCGUGAACAAAACGGGCUUCAUCCACAGUAUCUCUAUAGUCAACAACAAGUCAGAGUGCCUGUCCAUGAACGACACGCAGUUCUACUGGACAAAAGUGAAGGUCAACUUUGACAACGUGGGCCUCGGAUACCUUUCCCUUCUGCAAGUGGCUACAUUCAAAGGAUGGAUGGAAAUAAUGCAUGCAGCUGUUGAUUCAAGAGGGGUGGAGGACCAACCCAUCAGAGAAAUCAACCUCUACAUGUACCUAUACUUUGUCGUAUUCAUCAUAUUCGGCUCCUUCUUCACCCUCAAUCUUUUCAUCGGUGUCAUCAUUGACAAUUUCAAUCAGCAGAAAAGAAAGAUGAGUGGACAGGAUAUCUUCAUGACUGAAGAACAAAAGAAGUACUACAAUGCUAUGAAGAAGUUAGGAUCUAAAAAGCCUCAAAAGCCAAUACCAAGGCCUGGGAACGCCCUCCAAGCGUUCUUCUUUGAUCUUGUGUCCAAGCAAGCCUUCGACAUCAUAAUCAUGAUGCUCAUCAUCGUCAACAUGGUGACCAUGAUGGUAGAAACAGACGAGCAGUCAGAGCGCAUGGAGUCCAUCCUCAACAAGAUCAACCUGGUCUUCAUCGUAUUCUUCACCACCGAAUGCCUGAUCAAGCUCUUUGCCCUCCGCUGUUAUUUCUUCACAGUUGCAUGGAACGUCUUUGACUUUGUGGUGAUUAUUCUCUCCAUUGUGGGGAUUGUUCUUGCAGACAUCAUUGAGAAGUACUUUGUGUCUCCGACCCUGUUUCGAGUCAUCAGACUGGCAAGGAUAGGGCGUGUACUUCGACUCAUACGUGCAGCCAAAGGAAUAAGGACUUUACUCUUUGCCUUAAUGAUGUCCAUGCCUGCACUGUUCAACAUUGGCCUCCUGCUUUUCCUCGUCAUGUUCAUCUAUGCUAUCUUCGGUAUGGCAAACUUUGCCUACGUGAAAAAACAAGACGGGAUUGAUGACAUGUUUAACUUUGAGACCUUUGGGAACAGUAUGAUCUGCCUUUUUCAGAUCAGCACUUCGGCAGGCUGGGACAACCUCUUGAGCCCUAUAAUGGCCAGCUCCCCAGAGGAGUGCGAUGUAAACUUUGUCAAUACUGGCACUAAUACUCGGGGGAACUGUGGCAGCCCCUCGAUGGGCAUAGCUUUCUUUGUUAGUUACAUAAUCAUUUCUUUCCUCAUUGUGGUAAAUAUGUACAUAGCUAUAAUUCUGGAGAACUUCAGCGUUGCCACAGAGGAGAGUACAGAGCCGCUGAGUGAGGAUGACUUUGAGAUGUUUUAUGAAGUUUGGGAGAAAUUUGAUUCUGAGGCCACACAGUUUAUUGAGUUUUCCAUGCUAUCAAGCUUUGCGGACACUCUUUCGGAGCCACUGCGCAUCGCCAAGCCCAAUAAGAUCAAGCUGAUCGCCAUGGAUCUUCCCAUGGUCAGCGGGGAUAGGAUCCACUGCCUGGAUAUCCUGUUUGCCUUCACAAAGCGGGUCCUGGGAGAGUCCGGUGAAAUGGAUGCCCUUAAGCAGCAAAUGGAGGAGAAGUUCAUGAUGACAAACCCCUCAAAAAUUUCCCACGAACCCAUUACUUCUACACUGCGCCGCAAACUGGAGGAGGUGUCCGCCAUCAUCAUUCAGAGGUGUUACAGGAGGCAUCUGGUCCGUCGGCAGAUGAAGCAGGCAUCCUACCUCUACAGACAAAUAAACUAUGAGACUGUAGUGGAUGUGGAGACCGCUCCAGAGACGGAGGGGCUGAUAGCCUCUAUGAUACAACACUAUGGACCUGUGGAGGUGGAGGUUGAAGAGACAGCAGAGGCCACUCUAAUGUCCUCGCCACCAUCUUAUGACAGUGUGACCAGGGCAGCCAGUGCCCUCUCUGAGGUCGUCAGAUCAAUAUCCAGAGACUCUGAACUUGGGGAACCUGGUGAAAACUAUGAGGAAACUUUUCUUUGA